AUGGACCCCACAUGCAUUAUUUGUUAGGAAUGUUUCGAAAAAGGGAACCAUAUAGGUCAUAGAACUAUUUUAUAAAAAGGAUGUUCCGGAUGCUGUGAUUGUGGGGAUGUUGAAGCGUGGAAAAAGGAAGGUUUCUGUUAAAAUCAUUAAGGUUUUUUAAACGAAAGUCAGAUUUCGGUCGAGUAAAUAGACGAAGGGGUUAGAGAGAGAAUAAAAGAGGGUUUUUUAGAAAAGCCUAAUAAGAAGAAAGAAAGUGCUUCUGUAGUAUUAUGGAAAUGCUUUUGA